AUGCCCGGAACAAACGGAACAAACGGCACCAACGGAACCAACGGAACCAACGGCAAUCCCAUCUCACCAGAGUUCCGCGCCAAACUCGACGAUGACCGAUUCCACAACCACAGACUCGGCUCAUGGCUUCCCUCCGACCGAAAAGUCAUUAUCGCAUGGACCAAACAGCUCAUGGACCGCAUCCGGUCCACACCUAGAAACGCAGCUCUAGAUCCCACUCUGAUCGCUCUAAAAGCUCUCGUCGACACAGAUGUCAUACUGAAGCCGCUUUCUGAUAACAUGUUUACUGAGGUCCCGAAUGUGCCGCCUUAUAACGAGGAUCCGGAAGGUAAUCAGGAACUUCGAUCGUUCUCGGAGAUGCUGGAGGCGUUCAAUGUGCUUCUUACUAUGGGGCCGCAGUGGAAUGAUAUUGCGAAUCAGGUGGGAUUGAUUGGGUGUCCUUUCAAUGCUAUUCUUGAUUGGCCUAUGGCUACUGCAUCUGGGUAUAUGUUCUUUUUGUAUCCCUCUGUCAAUGCUCGUUUGAAGGCUAUGCUUGAUAAAUGGGAACAAUACUUGGUUGGCCCAGACUCGAUUGAAGUCUUACUGCCACCAAACGGGUGGCUCGGUGAAAACGGCGGUCUAACACCCAUGCUCAACAUGGCCAACUCCUCCGGCCUCCAACCAAAAACAACCUACACCUUCCCCCAAAUCUUCGACUGUCCCGACCCCACCGACCCCAACACCUACGGCUUCCAAUCCUGGGACCACUUCUUCACGCGCGCCUUCAACACCGGCAUGCGCCCCAUCGCCAGCCCAGAAGACAACACCAUCAUCGUGCACGCGUGCGAGUCGGCGCCCCUCCAAUACCCCGUCACCAAAGUUCAACUCAGCGACAACUUCCAAGGCAAGAACCAGAAAUACUCGCUCAUCGACAUGAUGAACCAAAACCCGCUGGCGAGCCAGUUCGUCGGCGGGACGGUCUACCAGGCGUUCUUGUCGUGUUUGAGUUAUCACCGCUGGCAGGCUCCUAUUUCGGGGACGGUGGUGGAGACGGAUUUGGUGGGCGGGAUGUAUUAUUCGCAGAAUGUGUAUCAGACUUUCUUUGGGCAUUGGCCGAUCGGGAAGGAUACACCGGAUCCGGCGGGCCCGACGUUCUCGCAGCCGUAUAUUGCGAGUGUGGCGGCGAGGGGGCUGAUUUAUAUACAGGCGGAUAAUCCGGAUAUUGGGUUGGUGUGCUUUAUUGCGAUUGGAAUGAGUGAUACUUCGGGGUGUGAGAUUGAUGUGGUGCCUGGUCAGCAUAUUAAUAAAGGCGAACAAAUGGGCAUGUUCCACUUCGGAGGAUCAACUCACUGCCUUGUAUUCGGCCCCCAGGUCCAGCUAGAUUGGAUCGGCAUUCCAGCUCCAGACUCUCCUUUGUGGCCAGCUACUUUCAGUAGUCCAGACAACAUGCCAAGCUUUCCUGUUGGUAGCACUCUGGCUAGAAUCAUCCCCAGUGGCAAUAGCACCCAGGGUGCAGCGAAGAAGCAGAGAUUGAAUUGA